UAGAGACAAACAACGAAAGGUGGCGGAGAGGAGGAGAGCACCAAAGAAAAUAUAGCUCUCAUGGCGGUUAACAUAACCUCCAUUAAGACCUCCUCCAAUGGAAUCUGGCAAGGCGACAACCCCCUCCACUUCGCUUUCCCCCUUCUCAUCGUCCAAACUACCCUCGUCCUCAUCCUAAGCCGCUCCCUCGCCUUCAUCCUCAAACCCCUCCGCCAGCCCAAAGUCAUCGCCGAGAUUGUCGGGGGAAUUAUAUUGGGGCCUUCGGCUCUGGGCCGGAACCAGUCGUACCUCCACCGCAUCUUCCCGUCAUGGAGCACGCCGAUACUCGAGACGGUGGCGAGCAUAGGGCUCCUCUUCUUUCUGUUCCUCGUCGGUCUGGAGCUCGACCUCCGGUCCAUCCAGCGGAGCGGCCGGCGGGUGUUCUUCAUCGCGGCGGCUGGGAUCUCACUCCCGUUCGUCAGCGGCGUCGGCGUGGCCUUCGUCCUUCGCAGCAGCCUCCCCGGCGCCGACUCCGCUGGCUACGGUCCCUUCCUUGUUUUCAUGGGCGUGGCUCUCUCCAUCACUGCUUUCCCCGUUCUCGCUCGCAUCCUCGCGGAGCUCAAGCUCUUGACGACCCAGGUCGGCGAGAUCGCCAUGGCCGCCGCCGCCUUCAACGACGUCGCCGCCUGGGUCCUCCUCGCCCUCGCCGUCGCUCUUUCCGGAGGCGAUGCCGGCGGCCAUAAGAGCCCCCUGGUCUCCCUCUGGGUCCUCUUGUGCGGCGUCGCCUUCGUCGCAGUGCAGAUGGCGGUGGUGAGGCCGGCGAUGUCGUGGGUAGCCAAAAGAGCCGAUGGAGAGGGUGGUGAGAGCGAGGUGUGGAUCUGUCUCACCCUGGCCGGCGUCCUCGUAUCGGGCUUCUUUACGGACUUCAUCGGAAUCCACUCGAUCUUCGGGGCGUUUGUUUUCGGUUUGACGGUGCCGAAGGAGGGGGAGUUCGCCGGGAGGCUCAUAGAGAGGAUCGAGGACUUCGUUUCCGGGCUAUUGCUGCCGCUUUACUUCGCGUCAAGCGGGUUGAAGACGAACGUGGCGACGAUCAAGGGAGGGAAGGCGUGGGGGCUGCUGGCGCUGGUGAUUAGCACUGCGUGCGCCGGGAAGAUACUGGGGACGUUCUUGGUGGCGGUGGCGUGCGGCAUGGCGCCGAGGGAGUCGGUGGCGCUUGGCGUGCUCAUGAACACCAAGGGUUUGGUCGAGCUUAUCGUUCUCAACAUCGGCAAGGAGAGGAAG